ACUUGAUGGCUGGUGAUCUCUAAGAAUAACCGGGCUCACCGUGGGACUGGCCUGGACGAGCCAGAGAUUCCCACGACCCCUCCUCUACACACAGAGACAAAUCAAAACACGGGCUGCAUAGGCGCACCAGAAGCAGCGAGGAGACAGACAGAGAGAGGCAGAGAGGCAGCUUUGCACCACUUUUUUUUUUUAAAUUUAUUAUUUUUUUUUCUUAGUGAGACUGUCAUUUACUAUGAAAGCUUCAUUUCAGGCUCCGCAGCACACGCCGGCUCCGACAGCAAAGCCGAGGAUGAGAAGAAGCGUCUUAAUCCGGAGGAGGAAUUAGGCGAAAGUCUGGAUUUAACCCCGCGAAUCAUCAAAGUGCGGGAGAAGACGCGCGGAGGAGUGGGAGGACAUAAACGCAAACUCAGGGUGAUUUAUUUUGAUAAUGCCGAGGAGCCAGUUUCUGCUCCGGAUUUACGUCCAAAACAAGCCUGAAGCCAGAGGAUGACAGCAACCAGUCCUGUCUGCAGCCCCACCUCCUCCCGCUCCACCCAGUCGUCGCCUGCCUGCCUCCCAGCAUGCCGCAGACACCUGAGGAAAGGCAAAGCCCUCCAAACCAAGCUGCACCUGCGGUCCGCCCCAGGCGUGUGGCUGAUGCUGGGCGUGGUGGUGGUGUUGGUGGGGAUGGCCGUUGCCAUUGCGGGCUACGUGUCCGCAGCGCCUAAGCCCGUGGGCGGCCGAGGCAGCACCCACGUCGAGAGGAUGAAACUGGCCGGGCCCGUGGUCAUGGGAGUGGGUUUGUUCAUCUUCAUCUGCGCCGCCACGCUGCUGUACGAGAACCGGGACCUGGAGGUCCUCAGGCGGGAGACGCCCGAUGACCUUGAGGAUCUGAAGGAGGAGCAGCCCAGCUUCAGCUGUCUGGAGCAGUGGGAGUGUAAAGAUGGAGAGCAGGAAUGCUGGGCCACUCCAACCCACACACUCCCCCUCUCAAACUCUUGUGGUCCUCCGCCUCCUCUUCCACGCAAGUACAGACACAACAUCAGCAGCAGACCAUCAACGGAGGAUGCAGGAGGUGGAGAAAAAGAGGAGGACCGAGAGGAGGGGGAGAAGGAGGGAAGGUCAACCCUGCUGGCCCGAGUCUUGCACCACAAGGAGCCGACUCCUCACCCUCCCUCCCCCUGCCUCUCCAUCUCCCGCUGCUCCGUCUACUCAGACUCCUGCAACUCUAGUGAAAUCAACUUCAACAUACGGACAGAAACUCCUCUGCCUCAACACUGAUCCGCCUGCUGGCUCCACUUCUCUUGUCUCAUAAAAUAUGCAUGAUGAGAUACAUCUGAAAGUUUCACGUGCAGACUUUACUCUAAAAGACAAGAAUAUGCAUUCCUCAAUAAACAGAUGAAACGUU